CUCUCAACAGACUUCCGUCUCUCUUGUUCUUUCAAGGUUCCCCGUCUUCAGAUCAACGAUACCUCUCUGAUUCUCCUAAAAAUCCCAACUUUCUCCAAACCCAUAUCCCCUUUACUUCCCUUUUGCAGUGCAUUUCGUGGGAAUCUCAUCUCCAGCUUCUCUGAAUCUUCGGCGCCAGUUCUCUUUAGGGUUUUGGUUCUGUCUCUGCAACAAAGGGAAAACCUUUCUCGUUGUUUCUUGGUAUGGAAUAUCAAGUUUCCGAUAGUAGUGGUACUGAUGAUGAUGUCCCUCCAUCACAUCAAAAUAUAAUUCCACGAGGGGGCUAUGUUUCUGGUAAUGGAAGAUCUGUUUUAAGUUCUGCCCCAUACUUUAGGGUGCAAGCUGGAAUGGAGGCCCAAAUACAUCAACUUGAACAAGAAGCUUACUGUGCUGUCCUGCGUGCUUUUAAAGCUCAGUCUGAUGCCAUUACAUGGGAGAAGGAAGGUUUAAUAACAGAACUUAGGAAAGAGCUACGAGUGUCAGAUGAUGAACACAGAGAACUUCUGACCAAAGUUAAUGCUGAUGAUAUCAUCCGAAGGAUAAGGGACUGGAGACAGGGAGGUGGCAAUCAAGCUGCCAGGCUAAAUGCAACUCAGUCUGUUCAUGAUCUUCUACCCAGUCCUAGUGUUUCAGCAUCCCGCAAGAAACAAAAGACUUCACAAUCGGUUCAGUCAUUGCCUGGCUUAUCCUCGGCAAAGUCCAUGCAUUACCCUUCUGGAGUUUCUGCAGGAAAUAGGCAGUUCAAUAACCGCAGUUCCCUAUCAGCAAAUGAACCUGCAGAUGCAGCUACUUUUCACCCCUUAGUUGGAAAGAAAGUGUGGACAAGAUGGCCUGAAGACAACAACUUCUAUGAGGCUGUCAUCACUGAUUACAACCCUAUUGAGGGCCGGCAUGCUCUGGUUUACGAUAUAAAUACUCCAAAUGAAACCUGGGAAUGGGUUGAUCUGAAAGAGAUUCCACCAGAGGACAUCCGAUGGGAUGGUGAGGAUCCAAGCAUACCCUAUCGAGGGGGCCAUGGUGGCCGUGGAGUUAAGAAAACAUACAGUCAUGGUACUCCUGCUCCUGGUGCUGGAAGAGGGCGAGGAUCUGCCAAGGGUCAAUUCAGAAAAGAGUAUAUACCAUCCCAGAAUGGUGUUGCAAAGAAAGCUUCUGAGGAUAUUGAAUUACUUGACACAGAGACACUGGUGAAGGAGGUGGAGAAGGUUUUUGAUGCAAGUCAUCCGGAUCCUGUGGAGCUUGAAAAGGCAAAGAAGAAGCUGAAAGAACAUGAGCAGGCACUCAUUGAUGCGCUUGCAAGGCUUGCUGAUGCAUCGGAUGGUGAAAGUGGUAAUAAAUACAUGUGUAUAUAGCAAUCCCUUCACAUUUAUAUUGUUUAUGGCAUCUUGAGCAAGCCUAGCGUUGUAAAUGACUAAUUGAACGUUCUUUGACUUGGGAAAAGACAAGCAGGCAUAGAUUUUGUCUUCUAAAUAAAAUGUCCUUUUGCUGUGCCCUAAUAAUUUGGUACUUUGUUGUAAUGGUUGAAAUGGGGAAUCCAUUAUGUCUAACAUGAGAACUUUUUGCAAUGUCCAAGUGAAGAAAAAGCAUGCUGUAGAAAUAAUUUCACUGCAGGUAUUUUGGAAGUAUGGAAUAUAUGGCAUAUAGUUCAGUUGUAAAUGACAAAGUCAUACCAUUUGAGUGGAUGUAAGAUACUUGAUCUUAUGGGUGUGAAAAUAGUAAAUUAACCUUGUUUGUGGUUAUGUAAAAUUUAGAAACUAAUUUUAUUUUCUCCGUAUCAGAUGGAGAGCAGCCAUUCUCGCAUGCACAAUAAAAUGGACUAUAAGGAUGGAGUCAAGUUAUGGCAUUCAGCCAUUCGAUUACCAACUUCAAGGCUUUGUGAUGAGUUGCAAUGGUGAUGAGUUGCAAUGGUAUUAAAAGUUUGUUGUCCAAUGCAGCAAACUGCAAGAGAGAAAUCAGAUUGACAGCAUGCUAUGUUACUGACUGUACUUUCAUAUUUUCAUUUUCAUUUUCUGCUUCGCGAGGCCAUGUUGGACACAAGUGCCACAUUCCGAUACCUGUGUUUUGUGUUUGGAAACAAAUGCACAAAGGAAAUCUGUUCCUCAUGGUCUUUCAAGAUGGUGUAAAAUUCUGUAAAGAUUUUGUUUUUGGCAUAAAGAUGGCUGCAGGCUGUUAUUUUGCUUGUGAAAUCCUUGUAUUUGCAUUCAAUCUAGCCUUCUGUGAUUUCUUUCCACCAAACACUAAAUCCUGCAAGCCAAU